AAGAUUUUAUUGGUUGUCCUGUUGGUGUACUCUGCAGUAAGUAAACUAUUUGUAGGCAUUGCACAAAUAAAUCCAGCUAACACCACAGUAAACUUAAGACCUGUCCUCUUGAUAAGAUAUUAGGCUAAUAGUCAACCUCACAUGAUGAUAUUAAGGCAAUGCCUAUUUGCUGUGCUGCUCCAAAUGCAGUUUUGGUCUCAUCUGUUGGCUGCAACAAAUAAUAGCUGUGCGGUUUAUGCUGGUGUACCGGGUAUACCUGGACACAACGGCAUGCCUGGGAGGGACGGUAAAGAUGGGGCUGCUGGUCAGAAAGGCGAGAAAGGAGAUCCAGGAAUUGGUGCACAGGGACCAGCAGGGAAAACGGGACCAGCAGGUCCUAUAGGCCCUAAAGGAGAGAAAGGAAACACUGGGCAACCAGGCUCUCCUGCUGACAUCAGUUUAGUUACAAGUCUUCAAUCAGAAAACCAAAAACUUAUCAACAGAAUCACAGUCACAGAAAGAGCUUUGGAUGCUGGUGAUAAAAUAAAUAAAAAACUUCAGUCAGACGUCAGACAUCUGACAGCCAGACUCAGUGCAAUAGAGAAAGCUUCAAGCUUCAAGAUAUUCAAGAAUGUUGGAAAGAAAUAUUAUGCGUCUUUUGGACAUACGGAAAAUUUUGAUGAUGGAUUGAAGUUCUGCACAGAUGCUGGAGCGACAAUGGUACUGCCGACCAAUAAAGUUGAAAAUGAAAUGUUAAAUACAAUGCAUGCUGUCCUUGGCUCUUCCUACAUAAUGAUUGGAACAACAGACAAACAGAAGGAGGGGACAUUUGUGGAUCUGAACAAUCAACCGCUAUCUUUCAGCAACUGGAAGAAAAAUGAGCCUAAUGAUUAUAAAGGAGCAGAGGACUGUGUUAUUCUUAACACUGAUGGUGAAUGGAGUGAUGUUAGAUGUGAUUCAAAGUGGCAUGUGGUGUGUGAAAUAAAGGUCUGAUAAAACUCAGCAUAUACUUUCACAAAUGAUUUAGCUUUUAACAUGAACUGUGAUUUUGCUCAAGAGUUUGGAUGGUCUAAUAUUCACAAAAACACUGUCACUUACGUAAAACAUCAAGCAAUCAGUUUUCUUCUGUCUUUAGACGUAUAGAUUUAUUAAAAAUUCAUACAUUUAAUUUUUAAAUGUGGUUUUAUGAUCUGUAUACAAAUGAAAUCAAUCCACUGGUCCACUAAUUUCUCAGUAGUAACACAAUGUUUGUGCUUUCUGAAUAUGAAAUGUAAAGUUUACAAGUGCUUGAAUUGAGUCUUAUGGGGGUUCCCCACCAUAACAAAGCAGCAAACCCAAAAUGGCAACACAUUACU